AUGAAAGCCCUUAUUCAACGUGUAAUGAACGCUAAAGUUACCGUAAAUGAUGAAGUAAUAAGCAGUAUUGGGCAAGGAAUGUGUGUCUUUAUAGGAAUAUCAAAUACUGAUAGUAAAAAGGACAUGGAAUACAUUGUACGGAAAUUACUAAGCAUUAAGUUAUUUGAUGAUGAAUCAGAGAAGAGAUGGAAGAAAAAUGUAUUAGAAAGAGAUUUUGAAAUUCUCUGCGUUAGCCAGUUUACUUUGUACAAUACUUGGAAGGGUACAAAACCAGACUUCCACCAUGCGAUGCCAGGCGACAAGUCUAAGGAAUUCUAUGAAAACUUCUUGCAAAUGUUAAAGGAUGCUUACAAACCAGAUAAAGUCAAAGACGGCAAGUUCGCAGCCUACAUGCAGGUGAGCAUACAGAAUGACGGGCCAGUGACAUUUGAGAUAGAAUCACCAGCCAAUCUGCCCGAUCCUAAAGAACGCAGGGGCAAUAAUGUAACAAAAGCAGAGAAGAAAGAAAUUCAAGAAGAUAUUGUUGAUAAGGUAUAG